UCUACUUCCAAUAUUUAUGGGGGAACUUACAAUUCCAGCCAUAUAUAUAAUUUCGAGAUGACAUGAGCGUCUAAGCAGGGAGUCCUUUUUUGGCUUCAAAAUCAAUUCUCUUCCACAUGCCGAUAGAAUACAAAUGCAGAAUUUUUCAUUACCAGAGCUUCGUUCCUUAAGAAGACACACGUAUCAUCAGUUUCAGGUUCGACAGCCACAAAUAAGAUUUCAAUAGGACUGAAUAAUAGAACCAGGUAAAAGUAUUUUUCUCUCUUCUCUAACUCAUAUUGUUUGAGGUUUGGGUUUGGAAACGAUGGGAAAGAGGAAAAGAGGAAACAGAGGAGGCCAAAGAAAUCUAAAGCCUAACGAUUCAAAAACUGAUGAGUUAAACCCUAGUGAGCCCGAGAGCAGUAAAGCCCAGGAGAAAGCAGCUGAAAAACGGGAGAAGGCUUCUGAAGCCCCCGCUGCUGUGAAUAGCCAGCCACAUAUUCCCUCAGCCGCUGCUUCCUUUCCUGGUCUCUACAACCCUUCGUUAAAUCCACAGGCAACCUCUAGUUCUCAGUUUCAUAUGAUAUCCCAGGCCCAAACCCCGUCGGCUCCUAUUAAACGGCCUGGCCCGUAUCCCUCCCAGUAUCCAGUAAACAUGUCGAGAGAAAAAGUCAUUAGCGGGAUUUUGAAGAAUCCGCCCCUCAUGGGUUUGGAUGCUGCUCUGGAAGAGGUCAAGCCUAAGGUCACGAACGAGUUCGUGGAGGAGGUUUUGAAAUUGUCCUAUGGCGCCGGUAUGGAGACCCUCAAGUUUUUCAAGUGGGCAAGCUGGAAACUCCAGGGCAAAAAGCACACCCCCUACGCAUGGAAUAUAUUGGUGGAUUUGUUGGGGAAGGAUAAACUGUUCGAUGCAAUGUGGGACUGCAUUAAAGUCAUGAAGACCGAGGGGAUUCUGUCCAUGGAAACCUUUUCCUCUGUGUUUGGGAGCUAUGUGAGUGCGGGGAAGAUUGAGGAGGCCACCAUGACGUUUGAGGUAAUAGAAAAGUAUGGGUGCCCUCAAGAUGUCAUUGCUCUCAACUGUCUUUUGAGUGCCAUGUGCAGGUACAACCAAACGGCGAAGGCGCAGGAGUGCUUCGAUCGGUGUAAGGAAAAAAUCAAGCCCGAUGCUGACUCUUAUGCUGUUCUCCUAGAGGGGUGGGAGAAGGAAGGGAAUGUGAAGAAAGCCAGGCUCACCUUUGGGGAGAUGAUCAUCCGUGUUGGAUGGGUUCCCUCCAAUAACUUGGCUUACAAUGCCUUCCUUAACACCCUCAUCAAUGGCGAGCAGGGAGACGAAGCCCUUAAAUUUUUGACUGUGAUGAAGAGUAGAAAGUGUUUCCCAGACUUGCCUUUUUUUUGCAGCGCGAUUGAUGGCCUCCGUCAGCGCAGGGAUACCAAGAAUGCCUAUGGCUUCUGGGAGUUGAUGCGGCAGGGCGGUAUUGUCCCUGACACACGAACUUAUAAUAUAAUGAUUGAUGUGUUUUGCAGUGCUAAAGAAUUUGAUUCUGCUUAUCGUCUGUUAGAUGAGAUGGUCUUCAAUGGUAUGUUCCCCAAUUUCAAGACCUACAAUACUAUUUUUGAGGCUCUUAUUAGCAACCGCAGGAUAGACGAGGCCUCAAGCAUUUUCCGAGAGAUGACCAAGAAUGAAUGCUAUCCUUUGUAUGAAAACUAUGUGAUGGCAAUCAAGAUGUAUUUUGAAGCGGAUGAUCCGGAGAUGGCUGUGACAAUGUGGAAGCAGAUGAUACUGAAGGGUGUUGCUCCUAAAGCAGAUUGUGCCGCUGCAAUCAUUGGUGGGUUUUGUGAUCUGAAAAGGGUAUCAGAGGCACGGAAGUACUGCAAGGAAUCAAUUAACAGAGGAAUUCAGGUACCUUCUGAAACCAUGAUAAAGUUGAGGGAUAUUCUUGUAAAAGAGGGCAGGAAAGAAACGUAUGAACAACUUGAAAAGAAAAUGAAAAGCUUGGCAAGUCAGCCCAAGCAGUGAUUAAAAGUAUUAGGUCAUUACGUUUAGUUCCGAUUAGUGUGGGAACAUCUAUCUUAGGUUAAUGUCAAAGUUAAUUGUGCUAGUUUAGGUUUCAUCUUUGAGGAAGUUCUGGUAUUUUACAAGUGUGAUAUUGGGAUGCCUCAAUGAUGUUGAUCUAAACUUAAGUAUUAAAACUCAACAAUGGAGAAUUUGUGCUCACUUUUGUUCCGAGCCUAGCAUCAUAAGUACUUACCAUGUUAUUUAAUAUAAAACUGUUACUCCCUGUUCUGAGUUGA